GUUAUUGCACAAAGGGCGAAACACGUUGUCACACCAUAUGAAUUAUUGCACAAAGCAAACGCGUCGUCACACUCAGUUGCAAGAGAGAGAUGAGUUAUUGCACAACGCAAGAAACACGUUGUCACAUUCAGUUGCAAGCGAGGGAGAGGGCGAGGGAGAGGGGGAGAGAAGAGAGAGAAGAGAGAGAAAGAUGGCGGGGAUGGAGGUGGUGCACAGGAGCGUUAAGACGAAUGGGAUAGAGAUGCACGUGGCGGAGCAAGGGAGUGGGCCACUGGUUCUGUUUCUUCAUGGCUUUCCUGAGCUCUGGUUUUCAUGGCGGCACCAGAUGGAGUUCAUGGCGAGGCAUGGGUACAGAGCGGUGGCUCCUGACCUUAGAGGCUAUGGCGACACCGAAGCCCCGCCUCUGCCCUACACCUCUUACACGGUUUUCCACAUUGUUGGGGACCUUAUUGGCCUUCUCGAUGCCCUAGGAGAGGCUCAGGCUUUUGUGGUUGGGCAUGAUUGGGGUGCGUUCAUAGCUUGGCACCUCUGCCUUUUCCGGCCCGACAGAGUGAGGGCUCUCGUCAGUCUUAGCAUCCCCUAUCAACCUCGCUCUCCACUCUACAAACCAGUCCAGUCAUGGACUCACGCCUAUGGCAAUGGCUUCUACAUCACCCAGUUUCAGGAACCUGGAAGAGCUGAAAAGGCAUUUGCCCGCUAUGAUACUUUGACUGUAGUGAAGAAGUUUUUACUGAUCAACAAGUCAGAUCUAUUGGUUGCUCCCCCUGGGAAGGAGAUUAUUGACGUUUUAGAAGUUCCAUCGUCAUUACCAUCAUGGAUCACUGAGGAGGAGCUCGAAUAUUAUGCCUCCAAAUUCCAGAAAUCGGGUUUCACAGGCCCGCUGAACUACUAUCGAGCAUUCGAUCUGAACUGGGAGCUUACGGCACCAUGGCAAAGGGCCAAAAUCAAUGUGCCCACAAAGUUUAUAACGGGCAAUGAAGACAUUGGCUUUGAAGCUUAUAGGAUGCGUGAUUAUGUCAAUGGUGCCAUAUUCAAGGAAAUAGUGCCAAAUCUCGAAGUUUCCAUCAUUGAUGGGCACCAUUUCAUACAACAAGAGAAGGCAGAGCAAGUGAAUGAUGAGAUCCUUUCCUUUUUCAAAACCAUAUCGCCACUGUAACCCAUCCUUACAACUGUUCAAGCCCGCCCUAUAAGCACUUCCUUUGUAUUUAUUGUGUUUUUUCUUCCCAUCAGGUGUGUUUUUCUCAUUGAACGGCUGGGUUGGCUGAAACUCUUGGCUGAUAAGAGUUUCAGCUAUAGGAUUGUAGAAAUAAAAGUAUAUCAUGCACUUAAUGGCCUCUCUUUAUGAGGAGUUGCGUGUAUUAUGUUGAUCCUUGGAGUACAUCUCUUGAGUCUCACUAAGAGUUAACUAUUGAUGCCUGCAUGGUAUUUUAAUGAAUAUAUGUAUCAGAAUUUGAUUACUGGAGAUGAUUGAGACUUU